CCAAGCCUUUUGGCUUCAGUUGGUCUAAUGACGCUUGUUAGGAAUGGAUGAUGUAAACUCGCGUAUAUUGUAUCUUCCUCCUGACAGUAUCACGAACUUUUGGCUUUAUGCUGUUUUGGCAGCAAUGACAAUAUUCUCCUACUUUGUUAUACGAGGGAUAAAGGAAAUUUGUUGUGAAACGAUCACUCCAAAUUUAUAUCGUGUGCAUCCAUCACACAAACCAGUUAGUUUUUGCUCUGGUGAGAAUGAAACAAGAACUGGCCUACAAUCACGAGUAACUGUUUUUUACUGAUAAUUUUAGUGAAUUUAUCUCUUGUCAUCAUAAGUACCCUCCUAUGUAUCAUAUGUUCAGCUUAAUUUUUAAUUGUUCGUAUUUCUUGUCUUUUUAACUUAACUGCUUCCUGAUUAAAAAUGUUUAUUUUAAUGCCUUUAUUUCGAAAUAUUUUCUUCACUUAGAAAAUAGACACUUUACUAAAUUAGCAAGCCUUUGCAUAAUUUUUGAU